UGCCGCGAUUCAGCGAUGCGCGGGCCGACCCGGCCCUCACGGCCCCACAGCGGCUGCGCUGCGGGCGCGGGGCGGGCCCGCCUUGCCGCGGCCAUGGCGGUGCCGGCGCUCGGGGCCGGGAUGGGCCGCGCCCUGUGGAAGCCCGUCCUGCUCCUCCUCAGCCCGCCGAGUUUCUCCACGACCUGCGCGAGGUGCGCCAAGGACAGGCGGCUGAGGCAGAAAAGGGCCAUUACGGAGCGGCAGCUGACACGAUAUUUCGUGGAUCACCGGAAAGUGCGCGUGGUCGGAGGACAAGGAGGAGCAGGGGGUUUUUCCUUCUACAGCGAACCCAGGAAAAUAUUUGGAGGUCCUGAUGGUGGAAACGGAGGUGAUGGGGGUCACGUCAUUUUGAAAGCUGACCGGCAAACAAAAUCACUUUCUUCAGUGCUCCCCUUCUAUCAGGGUUUUCAUGGAGAGAGAGGAGGAAGAAAAAACUGUUAUGGAGCUAAUGGUGCAUAUGUGUAUGUUAAAGUCCCUGUAGGUACUUUGGUGAAGGAGGAUGGGGAAGUUGUGGCUGACCUCACUCAGCAUGGUGAAGAGUAUGUUGCAGCUUAUGGAGGAGCUGGAGGGAAAGGGAAUCGCUUUUUUCUUUCCAAUGAAAACCGGUCUCCAACAUUAUUUACUCCGGGAGAGCCAGGUCAGGAAAGGGUCCUUCAUCUGGAACUCAAGACAACAGCUCAUGCAGGAUUGGUGGGCUUUCCCAAUGCUGGCAAAUCCUCACUUUUGAGAGCCAUCUCCCGUGCAAAGCCAGCCGUGGCUGCCUACCCCUUCACAACCCUAAACCCACAUGUUGGCAUUGUCCACUAUCAAGACUAUGAGCAAGUGGCAGUUGCUGACAUUCCUGGCCUAAUCAAAGGUGCUCAUCAAAACCGGGGCCUCGGGGUGACCUUCCUGAAGCACAUCGAGCGCUGCCGCUUCCUCCUGUUCGUGGUGGAUCUCUCUGUGCCUCAGCCAUGGGUUCAGCUGCAAGACUUGAAAUAUGAACUGCAACAGUAUGACAAAGGAUUGUCGGAGAGGCCCUGUGUUGUCAUCGGGAAUAAGAUUGACCUUGCUGAGUCCAGGAUCAAUCUGCCCCUCCUCAGGGAGCGGGUGGCCGAGCGGGUCAUCCCGUUGUCUGCACUGACAGGAGACAACUUGGAGGAGCUGCUGUGGCAUCUCAGAGAACUGUAUGACACUUAUGUGAAGACAGAACAAUCACGAGGGCAAAGCCCAGUCAAGUGGUAGGAACCAGAACUGCUGUGGGCUGUGCUGGAAGGAGAACAAAAAUAAAAUCUUAUUUCAUUAGAUUGCA